ACCAACCCCACUCUGGGGUGCUGAACAAAUAUUAGAAGCCAUGAGCCAAGCCGAACAACUAAAGCCGAUAAAGCUGGCAACCGGUUGAGUUCGGUAAAUGACCAGAUAUUUCCCGGUAAUUAAAAGGAAAUACCAGCAAAUUCUCAAGUGCUCUCCUCUUCUCACCAACCCCGGUCAAUCCCAUCGCUAGAAUUACUCGCAUCCAACGGCUACCUUUCGUUUGGUAAACCACUGAAAUUUAGAUUUCCAGGUGCUUCAAAAAUAAAACCGGACCGCACCAACCGGUGACCGGUUGAUACUGCCGUUGCUCUAUAAAUAUAGGGCAUUCGAGGUCUCAAAGUCGUUGAAUCCUCCAGUUUCCGCUUGUUUGGGGUUCUGGUCUCUAGAUCUGCACGGGAAUUCAUACGUCCAAUUACAAUUGCAAGAAUGGAGACCUUUCUAUUCACAUCUGAGUCUGUGAACGAGGGUCACCCCGACAAGUUGUGUGACCAGAUUUCCGAUGCAGUGCUUGAUGCUUGCCUUGCUCAGGACCCUGACAGCAAGGUUGCCUGUGAGACAUGCACCAAGACCAACAUGGUGAUGGUUUUUGGUGAGAUCACCACAAAGGCUGACGUCGACUAUGAGAAGAUUGUUCGUGACACAUGCCGUUCCAUAGGUUUUGUUUCUGAUGAUGUUGGUCUUGAUGCUGACAAAUGCAAGGUCUUGGUCAACAUUGAGCAGCAGAGUCCUGACAUUGCACAGGGUGUUCACGGUCAUUUUACCAAGCGCCCAGAAGAGAUUGGUGCUGGUGACCAAGGCCAUAUGUUUGGUUAUGCCACUGAUGAGACCCCUGAGUUCAUGCCCCUGAGUCAUGUCCUUGCAACCAAGCUUGGGGCCCGUCUCACUGAAGUUAGGAAGAAUGGCACCUGCCCUUGGCUGAGACCUGAUGGUAAGACUCAAGUUACUGUUGAGUACUACAACGAGAAUGGUGCCAGGGUUCCAGUUCGUGUCCACACUGUCCUUAUCUCCACUCAGCACGAUGAGACAGUCACAAAUGAUGAAAUCGCUGCUGACCUUAAGGAGCAUGUUAUCAAGCCUGUCAUUCCUGAGAAGUACCUUGAUGAGAAGACCAUCUUCCAUCUCAACCCAUCUGGCCGCUUUGUCAUUGGUGGUCCUCAUGGUGAUGCAGGUCUCACAGGACGUAAGAUCAUCAUUGACACUUACGGUGGUUGGGGAGCCCAUGGUGGUGGUGCUUUCUCCGGUAAGGACCCUACCAAGGUGGACAGGAGUGGUGCUUACAUUGUCAGACAGGCUGCCAAGAGUAUUGUGGCAAAUGGCCUUGCUCGCAGGUGCAUAGUGCAGGUCUCUUAUGCCAUUGGUGUGCCAAAGCCAUUAUCAGUCUAUGUUGACACAUAUGGAACUGGAAAGAUUCCGGACAAGGAAAUCCUUAAGAUUGUGAAGGAGAACUUUGACUUUAGGCCUGGAAUGAUCACUAUCAAUCUUGACCUUAAGAGGGGUGGCAAUAGCAGGUUCUUGAAGACAGCUGCCUAUGGACACUUUGGAAGGGACGACCCAGACUUCACCUGGGAAGUCGUGAAGCCACUCAAGUGGGAGAAGCCUCAAUCUUAAUGUUUUAGUAGUCAUAAUUCCUGCGUGCUUUAUUGAACUAAUAAUUGGCUGUUUGAUGCUGAUGCUUAAUUCCCCAUACUCUAUUGAAGUCUCAUACAUGAUGAUAUGAUGAUGCGCUAUUGAAUUUUGGUUCUUCCGUUUUAUCUGUUUUUUUUUUUUUUUUUUAUUGUAUUGUUACUACUAGUUUCUAUAUUAUGAGAAAUGUAUGAGAAAUUUGUACUAUUGAUGACAAUGGAAGCAGUUAGCCCAUUUGAUUUGAUAA